UUUGCAAAAUAAGUAUUAAAAGCUAUUGGUUUUAUUAAAUGAAAAAAUCAUUAAAAAAUAAAAAAUAAUUAUUUGAGUCUUUUAAGAAAGUGUCGAUUCGCCAAAGAAAAGAUUUUCCUUAAAAAUUCAAAAACAAUACUUUAUUUCGUCAUACAUAUUAAUUUGUGCUUAAAAACUAUUCAACUACUUCUUUUUCUAAACUCUAUUGUGGAUUACUCAUUUGGAUUACACGCCUAGAAUGCGCAACAAUAUAAAAUUUGAAAAAGAUUAACGGGUUUUGUUUGUAUUCUGUACUUGUAAAGCAAAAAAGUUUACGUGUUUGCCUGUACAUCUGAGUGUAUGGAAAGGCAAUGAAGUCUACGGAAAGAUAAGAAAAUAUGUGUUUUUAUGUUCUUUCUCGCUCGUAACAAAAAGCAACCGCAUCAAAUGUUUUCUCUGUUCUGCGCUGUGGUAAAAAUUUAAUGAGCAAAAAUUUUUUGUUUGUUUCAUAACAAGUCCAAAAAAUAAAAAUAAAAGAAAAAGUGAAAAAGAAAUAAAUAAAAUUAAAAGGAAAGUAAACGGCAACAGCAAAUAUAACAUAACAGUAAUAAAAACGACAACAAACUCAAGCAAUUAUAAGGGCACAUCUAACGCUGCUGGUGACAGAUGAGCCCCAACAACACAUGUCAAUUGCUGCAGCCGAAAAUGCAGGGCUUGGCCCAUGUGAUCUAUUACCAGACCAGUGGGCUACUUCAUCGUCAUCUACGUCAACAAUUACCAAGAACAGCGGCAAUCAAACAAGCGUUUCGACAAACGCAAGUUUUUUAUCACCGUCUCCUACGGCGGCAAAUAAUUUAUCAGCCAUUACAAUUACAAAUAAAAACAACACUGCCUUUAGAACAACGGCAACAACAAUUUGCAAUCUGCCGCGUUUUUCACCGGCCGCGGCUACAGCUGCUGUUUCAGUUAACAACGCUGGCAAUAGUGCAGCAGUAGUAGGCUUAAAUUCGAGUACUGCCGGUGUUGUUCCGCUCUCAAAUGAUGAAGAUGGAAAUAGCGCAGGGGCUAACGCUAAUGCCAACAACAAUAAUAAUUCUGUAAUCGAUGCUGAUAGUGUUGCUACCACAACCGCUAAUAACUCAUUGCUAGCCAGAUUUUCUCAGAAAUUUUGUAAUACGUUGCCACCUCAUUUAAUAGAACAUCAACAUCAUCAACAACUGCAGCGAAGACCGUCUUCAGCUGCCGAACUAGCUGCCGCUUUACAACGUUACAGCAUUAUGAGCGCGGUGGCCUCACCGAUCUCUGCCAAUCCAACGACGUCCACAAAUCGUAAAAUACGAAAAAAAACCGACUCGAAGACAAAUUUGCCACAAUCUCAAAUUAAUAAAUGCAACAAUGAGAAAAGACGUCGAGAAUUGGAAAAUAAUUACAUCGAACAACUGUCAGAGUUUCUACAACUUAAUAAGCGUAGUGAUAUGACUUCAACUAAACCGGAUAAAGCCGCAAUUUUAAGUCAAGUUGUCAAAACGUACCGUGAUAUUUGUGACAAAGGCCAAAGUCGUGAUAUUUCCUCGUCAACGUCAGCUUCGUCAUCAUCGUCGACAACAUCAUCCGUGUCGCUAUCAUCGGCCGCUAACACCUCGUUGUCAAAUUCCAAUUUAACGAUAGCGAAAACUAAUUUGCAUAAUAAUAGCAACCAAACAACCUCAACAACAACACCAACUCCUUGCAGUCGUUGUGCUACCGAUACUUGUUCGACACAUCCGGUACAACAGGGUGAAGUCUCAUCCACUGAACCGCCACUGCCUGAACCAUCACUGCUCAAUGGUCAAGAACCAGAAAUUUCAGCAUAUUUUGAAGCCUUAGAACAUUAUAUAUCGUCCGUAGGUUGGGUGCUAUUGCAGAUAAAUUCCGACGGCAUUGUGGAGUCGUGCACUCAAAACAUUCGUGAAUUGAUUGGCUAUGAAAAACACGAGCUGUAUCAUAAGCCACUCCAUAUGUACCUGUAUCCAGGAGAUCAAGCCAAAUUAGAUCCUGUCAUAAGUAAUAUGGCGGCAACAUAUGUGGGAGGGGGUGGUGGUAAUGGCAAUGGUAGUAGCAGUGAUAUUGGUAUUGGUUUGUCAGGUUGGGUUGAUGGCAAUGAAGAUCAUAAUUCACAGCAAUCUUUGGGCAAACAAAAACGCAGCAUUUCGACCAAAGUGCGAAUGCUAGUCAAAGAUAUGCGUUCCGCUACCCAAACGUCAGGUUCAUCAAAUCCAAAUGAUUCCACGGAUCAAAAGUCAACAAGCCAUUUAUCCCAACAAGAGAAAUACGAAGAAGUUGUGCUAAUAGCAGCUCCCGUGAAGGACGAUGGCGAUUCGACUUCUUCGGUUUUAUGUUUAAUAACACGGCCCGAAGAUGAUUCACCGCUAGAAAUGAACGUACAGCAGCAAGUACAACAUCAGCCUGUGGAGCAGAUGACUUUUAAAUUAGAUGUUCAUGGUAAAAUCUUGAAUCUCGAUGCGACUGCCUUACGAGACUCUUACAAACAGCAUAUGAGUCAAUGGGUAGGACGCCUGUUACAAGACAUAUGUCAUCCUCAAGACUUAUGUGCUCUAAAAACGCACUUACGGGACGUGCAAGACUCAGCGGCUGCUAUAAAUGCUAUUAAUGCUUCUCAUUCACCCAGCAGCGGUGUUGGUAUCAAUCCUCCCAUAUCCAAUGUUAUAUCGAAACCAUUUCGUCUUCGUCUAGGGACGCCAGAUGUCUAUGUUCACGUCAAGGCCAACUCCAGACUUUUUUUGUGCCGUACACCAGGUGAAAACGAUUUCAUAAUGUCCGUACAGACACUGUUAAAUGCCGAAAAUGAGGGAAACAAUAUCAGCACGGGAACGGGCACUGGUAACAUUAUAUCAUCUGGCAUGGCUGCGCUAUCUCCAGGUUCUUCUUUGGUAUCAUCCCUUGUUUCCAAUCUUUCAAUGGAUUCCUUAACUAAUAACAACUCAGUCUCAUCACCCUUAGUUAGCGUUUCCAGUAGUCAUAUUUUAGGUGGUUUAGUUGGCGGUGGAGGCUUGCCUACCCAUUCUACCCAGACUACAAAUGUUGGAGGUCCAUUAAUGACGUCAGCUGUUAUAAAUGGAACUGGAGGGGGCGGCGGAAACAGUGGAGUAAGCGGUUCACAGAGAUCACUUUCCAACACCAACGUCACAUCGGGAAUGGCGUCGAACAAUGGCUCAUUGGUUAACUCAUUUACAGCUUCGCCGGCUGGCCACGAGGGUCCUUCGUUUUAUAGUAAUGAGUUCGAUUUUGACUUGCCACAUUCCUCUUUUGAAAUUGAUCCUUCAGUCUCCGGAUGGAAUGACUCCCGGCCAAAUUCAAGGGCAUCGGUAACCACACCAGUUAGUACGCCGCGACCUCCUUCCACGGGUCACGGCUUUAGUCCUGCUGUUUGCCCUUCACCGUCGACCCCUUAUCAAUUAUCAUCGCAUUCAGCUGCUAGUCUACCAUCACCACAAUCAAAUACCAGUCAAUCAGCUGGGGGAUCCUACGGCUUUGGUUUUCCCUCAUUUGAUGGCUCAACCGAUAAAAUCGACAAAGAUCAUGGAAACAAUAACAACAUCAGCAACAACAACAUGAAUAACAAUAUGAUGGUAGGCAACCCUGGCAGUAAUAAUCCUCUAUUAAUAGCUGCCAUGAGUGGAGUAGGAAACAAUGUCGGCGGUACGCAACAUUCGCAGCAACAACAUCAGCUUCAGCAGCAACAGCAGCAGCAACGUACACCGCCGCAUCCACCGCCCCCUACAGAAUCGGAACGCUUACGCCAUUUGCUAACUAAUAAGUCCCAUUCAACUUCGUCCUCUUUAUUGCAUUCUUCGGAUGCCGACGAAAGAGAUAAUAUACUGAAAUAUUAUAAGCAAAUAAAUUCAGAAGAAGACAAGGAAAGUAUGGGCGGCUCCAACAACGUGUUUAAGAUGAAUUCUGGUAUGCCAGGGUCUGGAGGAUUUACAGGGUCUCGAAUGUUCGGAGGCGGCUUGCAAAAAGCUGCAAAUUCCAGUAAUCCUAUGUUGUUGUCUUUGCUCAAAUCCGAAGAUGAUGAGAAUGGUAAGGGAUCUUCAGGUAUGGGACGAACGAGUGAUCUAAUGAAUAUCAAAGACGAAGCGCAUGGUAGUCACGGCCCUCAUGGUCACAACAAUCCCAACAAUAUGUCACCUGAGGACUUGAGACGAAUGCUUAAAAUACAAAAUGAUCCUGCUAUGACGCGAAAACGAUUAUUGAAUGAUCCCGACGAUGGCAUAGCGGCUAAACGUUCUGAUGAUCGUCCCUCUAAACUUUGCGAAAAUAAUAAAAUGCUUGCGUCCCUGUUAAAAAAUCCGCCAAAGAAUAUAACCAUUAAUACACCGCCCAUAGUAAAAACAAUUCCUGAUAUAACACCAUCUUUAGCAGCACGAGCAAACGCCGCCAUGGGCGGUGCGACAUCCAAUAGUAUAAGUGGCUUAAAUAGCAAGUCAUCUAGUACCACCACCCAAGCCGGUAGCAGCCACGGUGGUCGAGGGCGAGGCCACAAGCAGUCACAACAGCAGCAACAAACUUCUGAUUCCUACCUCACACAACAACAACACCAGCAGCAACAACAACAAGGUCUUGAUGCUGUUGUGGGUAUGGGUACGAAAUUACAACGACCAGCGCAACCUCAUCAGAUGACGUCAUCAAUGGGUUUUUCAUCGUCGUCAUCAAUAGCGUCUACUAACGAGCAUGCCUUUGCUACGCCUCCUCUUAACACAUUAGCCUCAACAUCAACAGCUACCUCAAACUCUAACACAAUCGCUAGUUGUGGAACGAAUGAUGGCGAUUCGGAGCUAUCGAAAAUACUCGAUAGUGUUAUGGAAUAUGUUACCGAUGAUCAGCCUUUUGUGUCAACCGCACAUCUUACACAACAACAGAUCAACGAACGAGUGGCUAUUAGUGCUAUACAGAAAAAAUUAAUGGUCGAGACAUCAGCGUUUAGCGCUAUUGCUGGAAGUGCAAGUGCUAGUACUGGGAAUAUUUUAAAUUCCGCAGCUCAGCAAUUAAUACAACAACAACAAAUACAAGCGCAAGCGCCACAUGCACAAUUGCAGCCGCCCGCCUAUCCAGGCAAUAAUAUAAUGGGUACUAUGGCAACGCAACAACAACAAAUGCAACAGCAACAGCAGAUGCAAAUUAUGCGAAUGCAAAUGCUGGAAAGUAUGCGAGCCAAUGCUAAUCAAAAUUUUCAAAGACCACCUCCAAAUUAUCCGGCACGCGGAAGAGCACCACCUAUGAACGCUGUAGCAACACCCGGUGGAGGACUCAUGCCAGCUUCAUCACAACAACGUUAUCGUACGUUAGCCCAACAGCAAUUAGUAGCUCAACAGAAAGAACGUUUAUUGCAACAACAACAAAAACAACAUAUGUUGGUGCCGGAAAACGCUACCGCACGUAAUGAUCAAUUGUGUCUCAAUCCUGGUCUUAAUAACAUAGGCACAUUACUAAAUACUGUGGCUCCCAAUGUUACUCUAUCACGCACAAAUUUACCACCUGACUCUCAACUAAGUCCGAAUUUCGCGCAAAGUAUGCUGCAACAACAACUAAGCCCAGGGCAACGUAAUGCACCGUUUAGUCCACAAUCUAAUCCGGCUUAUGGUCCCCAAUUUUCACAAGCAGGGCAGCGUUUAUCACCUCAACAGCAGCAGCAAUUAUCACAACAAGUUUCUGCUCACCAAUCAGCCCAAAUGGCUUUUCCAAACAGUAAUAGCGGAGCACAGUUAUCACCCAGAACGCCACACUUCGGGGCUAGUGCUCCUGGUACACCGGGCAACACGGGAAUACCUUCGCCUGGCCUCACUCCUAACGCAUCACCUCAACAAUGGUCAUCAGGUACGGGUCCAAGCGCGACAACUCAAAAUAGGCACACUUUGCAACAACACAAUCCCAUGUUGAGUGCACAGCUGCAGAGCGCUACUCCAUAUAAUGCCCGGCAGUAUCAACAACAACGAGGACGAAGUUUAAAUUCCCCCAGUGGUACUCUACCAUCGGGAACCAGCGGUUUGCAAGGUCCAUCGCCAACUUCAUUGCAAAGGCAGAACUCAUUUCAAACUAAUGACAGCGGUUUUAACAGUGGCACGCCUAACUCUCCUUCACCACAAUCACCUUAUGGAGCGAGCAGUGUUUUUCAGCAACAACAGCAAAAUCAGCAACAAUUGCACCGUUUACAGCGUCAAGCGAGUAUACCGCAAGUGACACAGCAUUUAGCAGGCUCGCCACGUUCAUUUGGUAACUCUGCCACCAUGACAAAUAGUCAUAAUAACAACCACAACAAUAAUCACAAUAGCCUUCACAAUCACCAUCACAGCCAUAGCCACAACCACCACCACCACCAUCACCACAACAGCAACAACAACAAUAACAAUCAUAAUAACGACAGCAGUCAUGACAAUCCAAAUUUGCUUAAUGACCUGAGUGGUGGUCCACCAGUAGUAGUGGCAGCCAUUAAUGGUUUUGGUAGCAAUAGUGGCAGUACCAGCAGUUUGAUGUUUGGCAAUACAAUAAUGCCACACAAUGCCACCGUUGCGGUUUCAGCAUCAACAUCACACAGUACAUCGUCGUCAUCACCUAAUGAAUAUUAUGGUCGCAACAUGCUGGCCGCUGGUAAUCCUGCCAACUCUUCGGACUUUGUUAAACAAGAAUUACGUGCUGUAGUUAGUGGUCGUGCUGCUGCGGCUGCUAAUGCUGGUGCUGCUGGAAUACCGGGUGGUGGAAUGGCAAUAACAAGUGGUCUGCGUGUAACAACACCGCAAAGUCCGCUUGGUCCACAAACUUCACAGGGACCAACUAUGCUUGGUGCAAAUAGUACAAAUCCGAUGGCCAUUUCUCAACAACAGCAAACGCAAUCUCAGACUCCGAACAAUGUGGUUAGUUCUGUAACUGGUGGUAAUGCAGGCAAUGUCGGGUCGAGUAGUGGCAGUGGCAAUUCUCUAUUGAGUACCGCUUCAGACCCUACGCUAGGAUUUAAUUUUGAUGCGCAAGAUUUUUUUUGCAACAAUAACUCCAGGUGACCUUGAAUGGAAUAAUAAACAAUGGCAACGGUGUUCUAACCUCAGAUGUGUUUGACUACGAAGGAAACUUUUGAAGCUGGAAUAUUGUCUUUUCUUUCUUAAGUUUAACUUGAAAUGAAACUGAAAGUCCUCUUUCUUAAUAAGGUGCAAUAGUUAAAAUUUCCCUUUUUUCAUUUUAUGCUGCCCAAAACACCUUACAUAAUAAACAAACACACACUUUCAAUAAGCAUU